AUGGGCAUUGCUGGGUUCUUUUUGUGGUUGCAGCGAUGGUACGGUGACUGCAUCGACAACAUCCCACAGGAUGUGGUAGAUGCUGCCUUCAAGGGUCAGGCGCUUCCGCAUAGCCAUGCCAGUGCGUACUCGUACGACAACUUUUAUGUGGACAUGAACGGGUUGAUUCACCCGUGCUGCCACGAUACGGCGCCGCUGCCGGAGCCAGAGAACGAGGAGGAGAUGUUUGAGCGCAUGUUUGACCAGCUUGACCUCCUCGUCAGGGUGGUGCGUCCGAAGAAGUGCCUCGUGCUGUGCGUUGACGGCGUCGCCCCACGUAGCAAGAUGAAUCAGCAGCGCAGCCGUCGCUUCCGCGCCGCAGACGAGCGCCUGGAGAGCGACGCCAUCUCGAACGCCUGCGCCGACCGCAUCGUCUCCGAGUAUCACCUUCCCCGGCCACGCGUCCGGGAGCGCUGGGACCACAACGUCAUAACCCCAUCCACGGCGUUCAUGGAGCGCGUUGCCCUCGCGCUUGAGUGGUACAUUAUGAAGAAGCUGAACGAAGACGCCGGAUGGCGCCACUUGACGGUCGUCUUCUCCGACGCGCACGUGCCGGGUGAGGGCGAGCACAAGAUCAUGCAAUACAUCCGCGGCCUGCGCUCGCAGCCCGGCUAUGACUACAACACUAGCCACGUCAUUCACGGCAUGGAUGCCGACCUCAUCUGCCUCGGUUUGUCGACGCACGAGAAGCAUGUCUGCAUCUUGCGCAACCAGCUCACCGAGACCUUCCAGCCAGAUCACAAUCGCUUUUGCUACUUUAACCUAAGCACGUACCGCGAGAAGCUCAUGCAGGACUUUGCGAACAUCGAGGGCAUGCAGUUCGAGCGCGUCGUCGACGACUUCAUCUUUCUCUGCUUCUUCGUCGGCAACGAUUUCUUGCCGCACGUGCCGCUCGUGUCCAUCAAGACGCGCGGCAUUGAGAUGCUCCUCGACCACUAUGUGCGCGACUUCGCGCUGCACGGCUACUUGACCCAGCUUGGCGAGGUGGACUACGCCCACCUGCACAUCUUCCUCAUGAACUUCACCUCCAAGUGCAUGGUGAAGCUGACGAAGGAGUACUACGGUGUCGUCCGCGCUAAGGAGCGUGCGAAGCAGCACGUCGAGGAGCGCGUCACCAAGACGGAGGCGCAAGUAUCGGAGGUGCUGGCGACCUUGCUGCCAGAUCGCAGCAACGCACAAGAGGUCAGUGACGCGUUACUGGGGCUCAUGUCAUCUGCGCGGAAAGAGCGCACCCGCCUCGUGGUGGACAAGCAGCCGCUCGGGUUCUCCUACCUCGACAAGACGUACCGCGACGCGUACUACCAGCACAAGUUCGGCUGGGACCCGUCGACCAACCGUGCCGCCUUCGAGAGGCAAAUUCGGCUCUGCUGUGCCGAGUACCUGCGUGGGAUGCAGUGGGUGAUGCGCUACUACACGAAGGGGUGCCCGUCGUGGGAGUGGUACUUUCCGUACCACUACGCCCCGCUGCUGCAGGACUUGGCGGCGUUUACGGCAACGGUGAAUGUCGAAAUGCGCAUGAGCGCCCCUCUUCACCCAGUAGAGCAGCUGUUGGCAGUGCUGCCGCGACUGAGUGUGCACGCCCUGCCCGAGGAGCUGCACGAGGCCGUGAACGACCCCAAGUCCGUUCUGGGCAAGUUCUACCCUGCCAUAGUCAAUGUCGACUUUAGCGAAGCCAACUUCUCGUACCAAGGGGUACUGCGUAUUCCCUUCAUCAACUGCGAGGCCCUCAGCAAGGCGUGCCGACAGCUGGUUGAAUUGGAGGAGGACUUUGGCAGCACAUUCCUCUAUUGCCAUGAGUCCACUUCACUGGCGAAGCAGCUAGACGCUCUGACUGGGCCAAGCAACAGCGCAUUGCCGCUGGCAACCAGCCUGGCACCCCCGGUGGUGCCGAUCCCCGCCUCGUUGGCAUCGACGAUGCCGAUUGCUGGCCGAGUCGGGCGCUAUGAAGCGGAGUGGCCUCGACACGAGGAGCUGCAGUGCCCCGACCCCGGCAUGGCCAAGUCCACGCGCUACGGUGGACCCAUCAAGUCGAACCAGGUGAACCAGUACCGCUACGAGCUCAGCACACAGGCCGACUACCGCCCCGUGCUCAUGGGCGAGAAGACGACGUUCAAAAACGGGGCGGCGGCCGCAUCGAUGACGUCCAAGCGGCUGGGAAUAGAAGAGUCACCGCUGCGGCACCGGAAGCGGGGUCGUGACGCAGACCACAUCACCAACAGUAACGACGGUAAACGCAAGAGAGGCUCCAGCCGACACGACGACGACAGGGACGGGCGCGAGCGCCCCCGCAGCAACGGCGAGAGGGAGAAGAAUGGCGAGAGCCGGCGCCGCAGGAAGGACGGUGACACCUGUGAGGCCUCUUCCUCCCCGCUGCACACCUCAUCUUCCAAGCAUCGCUCGGGCCACGAUGACGACGCUCGGCGCAGCAGUGAGUCGAGGCAUCGCUCCAAGGAGGGAAAAAAGAAGCACUCGCAGCACGAGACUCGAUCUCGCGAGAGUAAAAGUAAGGCUCACGCCGCACCCUCGUCUUCGUCAGCUCGACGCGCCAAGAAGAGCCGCGAAGCGAAGAAGGAACCGCGACCGUCCGAAAAGGUGGCAUCGACCACGCCGUCGCGGCACGGUCAUCGACAGCGGCGCGUGUGA